AUGUCGCCCGUCCUGCCGGCGCUGCUGCUCGCCCUGCUGCAGCUGAGCCGCGCCCAGAGCCCCUCGGCCGCCCCCGCCGCCAACCAGACCAGGCCCGUCUUCCUCUGCGGCGGCGACUACAACGCCAGCAGCGGCUACCUGGCCAGCGAGAGCUUCCCGGAGCACUACCCGCCCAGCAAGACCUGCAUCUGGACCAUCACGGUGCCCGAGGGGCAGGUGGUGAUGCUCUCCUUCCGCGUCUUCGACCUGGAACCGGACCCCGUCUGCCGCUACGACCGCCUGGAGGUCUUCAACGGGCACGCGGCCCUGGAGUCUCAGCGCCUGGGCCGCUACUGCGGGACCUUCCGCCCGGGGGCCAUCCUGGCCACCAGCAACCGGAUGCUGCUGCGGAUGGUGUCCGACGAAGGGACCGGCGGCCGGGGCUUCCUGGUCUGGUUCAGCGGUGGCCUCCCCCACGUGGACGAAAACCAGUUCUGUGGGGGGAAGCUUGAGAAAGCGCAAGGCUCUGUCAAAACCCCCAACUGGCCCGACAGCGACUACCCGCCUGGCAUCAGCUGCUCCUGGCACAUCAUUGCCCCACAGGACCAGGUGAUUGUCCUGACUUUCGGGAAGUUUGAUGUGGAGUUUGACACCUACUGCCGAUACGACUACGUGGCCGUCUUCAACGGCAGGGAGCAAGACGACUCGCGCCUCGUUGGCAAAUUCUGUGGAGACAAGUCCCCCAGCCUGAUCCGCUCGGAUGGCAAUGAGCUCCUGGUCCAGUUUGUCUCGGAUCUCAGCGUGACGGCCGACGGGUUUUCUGCCUCGUACGUGAUGAAGGGUCGCGAUGAGCCGGUGGACACCGCCAGGGCCCAGCCUGCGAUCCCCGUAUUCCCCGGCUCCAAGCCCACACAGGCCAGCAGGAAGCCGGUCCCCGCGAAGCCCAAACCUGCCGCCAAGCCCGCAGUCCCACCCAAGCCAGCGCCACGCCCCAAACCGACGGCCCAAGCCCUUCCUGACGCUGCAGGCCCCACAACUCCCACCGCAGGUCAGGUCACCUGCCCGCAACGCUGCAAGCGGACAGGGAAUAUGCAGAGCAACUUCUGCGCCAGCGAUUUUGUGAUCACUGGCACCGUCAAAGCACUCCUGCGAAGAGAGGGGAACCGGAUCACGGCCACCGUGACGCUCACCCACGCCUAUAAGUCGGGGCUCUUGAGCCUCCCUCCGGAAGGAACCGAAGCCACCCUCCGCCUGGACGUGCCCUGCAGACAGUGCCCCAUUCUCAAGAAAGGGGCCAACUAUGUCUUCAUGGGCCGGGUGGAGGCCGACGGAACCGGGCAGCUGCCCCCCACCAGCUUCGUGGUGCCCUUCCGGCCGCAGCAGCAGCAGAUUCUCACCAACCUCAGCAAGCGACCCUGCGCCGCCCGGGCGAGGAGGAACCGCCGCUGAGGGGCCUCCCUCUGCUCCUUGGCUCUGGGGCUCUGGCCCUCCAAGCAGCAGCAGCAACAGCACCAUGUAACCAAUAAAUGGGCAGGGAGGCAGUUCACGGACUCCAGGGUGGGGAACGGCACCUCUCGUUCCACGUUGUUCACACCCACACCGCGGCGGUCUUAAAGGUAUUUUUACACAGA